UGAAAUGGGUGUUAAUGUGGGUGUUUGUGGGUUUUGUCACUGAGGGCUUUUGUUUGUUUAUCUGACUUUUACCAAACUUUUAGCUUUUUGAAGUUUUUUUCUCCUGAAAAGCAGUCCUCAUGCACCAGAUUCUAAACUUUCCUGCACUGUUUAAUCACUGACUAGAUGAACACAAACAGCAACGACUCUACUUAAGAAAAUUACACAGUUUUAACAUAGUUUUACAUUUCAGUUAUUUUACAUACUCUCUUACUCUGAACACUUUCCUACUUCACUGUUUACUAAUAAAAUAUCCUGAACUAGUGGAGACUAGAACCUAAAGAUCCAUCAGAUCCUGUUAAAUCUCAGCUCAGAUCAGAGUCUGAUCACUGCUAUCCAGUACAGAGGGAGUCUGUAGGACAGAGUCAGGGUUUUAAUCUGAGCAGCUACUGGAAGACAGUGAGGAGGAUCAGUAGAGGAGAUACAUGGAUGAUCUGAAGAUGAGUCUGAUGAGUCGUAUAGGAAGAUCAGUCAGAGGAGAGCUGCAGUAGACAGGUGUUAAAUAUGAGACUGCAGAAGCUCCUGCAGGUUCUAAAGAGAGAACCGUGGUUCUCAGGUAGAAAAUCCACCUUUAGAUCAGCAGAAACUGGAGCUUAAUCACCUGAUAAUGGAUUCUGUCUAAAGGGAAAUGAUGGAAUAGCUUUACUCAUGAUCUAAUCUCUCCAGCUGAGAGUCUGGACCAUGCACAGAUCUUAAUUCCUCUGUACCUGGAGAAUCACCUGUUCAUGAGAAAUCUCCCACAGUCUAUAAUAACAGUGAUGAUUUAUCAGCUUCAUACAACAGAAAUCCUGUUGAAUUAAAACGUUUAUGAUUUGGAAUUCAGUCUUUAUCUAUAAUGUAGAUCUCCAGCUGAACCACAUCAGUGUGAAUUUAGUACAGGAUCUGCUGUGCAUCAGUUUCAUCAGAUGGUUUUAGUAUCUAGAAGAAUCUGAAGAACCGAGUUCAGGAUUUUGAUUGGGAGGAACUCCUUCAUGGCUCCACCCUGUACAGGUUUAAUCCUCCACCUGAUGAAGACAGUGCUUAAUAUGUUUAGCAACAGUUAAAUAUCUCUAUAAAUCAACAUAAAUUCUUCCCACAAUAUUCUAAUACCAAAGUUAUUUUCUACAAUCUAUCUGAGAGAGAACUCAUUUUCAGAUCUCUCCAGAGAUGUUCAAUCAGAUUCAAGUCUGGACUCUGGCUGGGCCACUGCAGGACAUUCACAGAGCGGUCCUGAAGCCACUCCUGUGAGAUCUUGGCUGUGGCUUUGGAUCGUUGUCCUGCUAAAAAAAUGAACCGUCGCGCCAGUCUGAGGUCAGGAGCGCUCUGGAGCAGGUUUUCAUCCAGGAUGUCUCUGUACAGCUGCAUUCAUCUUUCCCUCUAUCCUGACUAGUCUGCCACUUCCUGCUGCUGAAAAACAUGCCCAUAGCAUGAUGCUGCCACCACCAUCAGGUUCUCGGUCACCUCCCUGACCGAGGCCCUUCUCCCCCGAUCGCUCAGUUUAGACGGCCGGCCGGCUCUAGGAAGUCCUGGUGGUUCCAAACUUCUUCCAUUUUCGAAUGAUGGAGGCCACUGUGCUCACUGGAACCUUCAAAGCAGCACAUUUUUCUGUAUCCUUCCCCAGAUUUGUGCCUCGAGAAAAUUUUGUCUCGGAGGUCUACAGACAAUUCCUUUGACUUCAUGCUUGGUAUUUGCGCUCUGACAUGCAGUCAGCUGUUGGUCCUUAUAUAGGCAGGUGUGUGCCUUUCCAAAUCAUGUCCAAUCAACUGCAUUUACCACAGGUGGACUCCAGCUGUAGAAACAUCUCUAGGAUGAUCAGUGGAAACAGGAUGCACCUGAGCUCAAUUUUGAGCUUCAUGGUGAAGGCUGUGAAUACUUACGUAAUCGUGAUUUCUUAGGUUUUUAUUUUAAAUACAUUUUCAGAACUUUUUUUACAUGGUCAUAAUGGGGUAUUUUGUGUAGAUUUUUGAGGAAAGAGAUUAAUAUAAUACAAUUUGGAAUAAGGCUGUAACAUAACAAAAUGUGGAAAAAGUGAAGCGCCUUGAAUACUUUUCGGAUGCACUGUAACACCAACAUAGAGAAAUAAGGUGGUUGCUGCGCAAAAAAUCCAGACCAAUCUUCUCUGUUGGGCCCCUGUGAGGAAAAAGAAAAAAUAAGGGUCCCAAAACUAUCUAGACAAACUCUAGAGCCGAAGAAAAGUCCACCAAAGAAAAUCUAGACCUGAAAAGCCUAUAACAUGAUUCUCCAAAUGAUAAUAGAAAAGUGGACCCCACUGCUGGCUUGUCUCUGCCGUUUCUUCCUUAAAGUGGGCGUUGCCCAUUGAGGUGGGCGUGAGAUGGGCGGGUACCGGCUAAGCGCAAUCCAAUGAAAGAAAUGGAGGUGCGGUUAAGAAAGUUCGGCGGGUGAUUUAAUGGAUAUGCGUUCACCUCACCUGGAUAUGCGUUCACUCCGCGCUGAUUCUUCUGCUGUUCUUCUUCGCUGUCUCUGUGAGGUGAGUUUUACAGAGAGAGAAACUAUUAAGAGAGCAGAGUUAUUUUAAUAUGUAUUUUCUCAGCAAAUGAGUGUUCUUUUAAUGUUUUUUCAAUGUUUUGUUUUCUUUUAACAGAAUGAGAACUCUAACGGACAGAAUUAGAACUCUUUCAGAAGAGGAACUGAAGGAGCUCCACAAGGUGUACGCUUCUACUAAACUGAAAGAUAGAAGUUACAUUGGCUGCCUGUUACAAGCCAAACCCAGGCCUGGUGGGUUUGUGGAGGCUAUGCAGACAGAGAUCAAAAGACUGGAUGAGAAGAACCAACGAGCAGCAAAAUUCCGCCCUCCACACUGGCCACCUGUGAUCUCCCUACUGGAGAGGGAGAGGCGGAAAAAACUCAGACGGGAGCUUGAGAGGGCCCAAAAACAGCCACAAGCCACCACCUCAUCACGUCCCCCACCCAGGGAGAAAAAGGCCAAGUCUCAUUCAGAUGCCAGGCCAAGCACUUCUAAGUGGCCACCAGUUCUAAAGGGAUUGUCUACACCAGCUUUGCCUCCAUCUGCCUCCCUUGCCAUCUUGCCACCAACACCAGCAGUGGCUCAGUUAGCCAUGGAGCGGGUGCCAAGGGCACACAGUGGCGGAGAAAGAAAAGGAUGGAGGAAGACAGAAAGAGCCUGGAGGAGACUGGCAAGAUCCGCAGACGCCGGGACCCAUCAUGCUACCCGUGCAAGCUUUGUGGUCAACCAAAGAGACUGGAAUUUGGCCACAGCUACUACAAGGGCAAAAGUUUUUGUUCUAAAGCUUCUGGACGGAGCGCCGCUGACUGGCUAUCGGAGCAGAAAAGGCUUGCAGGUGUAGACACUACCAGGAACAAGUCCAAGGAGCUGACAACAAAGAACAGACUGGAAAAAGAGAAGAAGCUUAAGGAGAUGGGAAUCCCAGUGAAGCAGAGGAAGCUGCCUGAGUUCAGAAAGUGUAUGCUUUGCGGCCAACCACAGCAGAAGGCCUACGGCCACAGCCGGUACAAGGGAGUGCCAUUUUGCUCAACUUUUGAGGGCAAGACUGUGGAUCUCUGGCUUGCUGAGCAGCGUGAAGCAGAGAACCAAGGUAAACCUGUGACGAGCAACACCGUUGUGAAGAAGAGAGACUGAACACCUCUACCUUUAAGGCUUCCUGCACUCAAAAACCAAAUUUACCUCCAAGCGUCCCUGCACUCAUUGUAAAUAGUUAUAUAUGUUGACAGUUCAUUUACCAAGUGUACUUAUUUUAUUGUUUGGUUUUGUUUUAUAUAUAUUUUUAUGUAGCAUACAAUUGGCUUGUUAGACAAGCAAUUUAAACAAAAUGUAAAACUAAUUUAAUAUAUAAUCAUAUAU